AUAAAUCUGUCAAUGAAGUACUCAAAAUGGAGUUUGGAAGAUGCAGACUUUCCAUUGCAGUACCACGUGGUUUUAAUUAUCAAUCUGUCCAAGAUUUACAAGGAAAAUCUAUAGCAACAUCUUAUCCAAAAAUAUUACAACAAUAUUUAGAUAAACACAACAUUCAAGCAGAUAUCCACGUUAUCUCUGGCUCAGUGGAAAUUGCAACAGGCAUUGGGCUUGCAGAUGCCAUUUGUGAUAUCGUAUCAACAGGUUCUACUUUAUUAAGUAAUGGAUUAAAAGAAGUAGAACAAAUUUUCCAUUCUGAAGCAAUACUUAUUGCAAAUAAAAACCUUAGUCAAGAUAAAAAAUUGAUACUCGAUGAUUUAUUGUUCAGACUAAAUGCAGUAAAGAAGGCAAAGAAAAAUAAAUAUAUAUUACUUAAUGUACCCAACGCAAAUAUUGAUAAUGUAGUAAAAAUAUUACCAGGUAUAAAAAGCCCAACCAUACUUCCAUUAGCACAAGUUGGCUGGAGUUCUCUACACUCUGUCAUACCCGAAAAAGAUUUUUGGCAAAUUAUACAACAACUUAAAGAUGCAGAAAGACCAUCACAAAGCCUUUCAGAUAUCGUACCUAUUGUGCAGCCCAUCAUCAACGAUGUGUACAAUAAUGGUGAUGAUGCAUUAAAACACUUUUCAAUUCAAUUUGAUAAAAUAGAAUUACAAGAAUUCAAAGUAUCAGAUGCUGAAAUUAUCGCAGCUUCAGCAAAUAUUGAUUCUAACCUUAAAGAAGCAAUAGAAGUUGCAUACAAUAAUAUUUAUACAUUUCAUUCUCAUCAAAAAUCUGACAUUCAACAAAUACAAACAACAAAA